GCUGUCCGACUUCAGGCGAGCUUUUCUGAGACCUCCCCCGGCUGCGAUCGGCUAUUCUCGUCUACUUUCGAGGCGAGGCGCAGCUCGUCUCAAACAUGCUUAAAGUGUUGAGAAACCUCUAGUGUCACAGGGCCCAGCGACUGACACGGAAAAGUAGUACCGCCGUUUGGCCACAACGAAUAUUUUCCUCAGAGUCCGACCGGCGCACUUCCUGGGGGCUUGCUCUGAACAAGACACACAAAUGUCAGUUUAAUAGUUGGGAACUAUAAUAUAUUUAUUAUAACAAAAGCUAGUUUAUAACUAGGCGCUUCAGACACUCGGGAAAUGACAAUGGCGUUUAUCAGGGAGGUGUGUAGUGUCAGCUUCGCUAAUUAAAAACUAGCUAGUUCCCAAGUUAGCUAACAGAAGAUGGAAGCUAGUUCUAUAGCCUCUAAUCCGUACGAACCAUACACUAAUGUUAGCUAACUUGAUGUUAUUAAAUAACUUACUCGCAUCAGGUAAUCUUCUACAGUGGUGUCUAUCGGCUCGUAUCUCUACGGAAAUACUACAGCGAUGGAAGAAGUUGACAAGAUUUUGAUUCACGCCCUCAAACAAGUUGGCACGGAGGUGAGUCAGGAGACAGGCAGCGUCAGACAGUUCAGCAGUGAGCUCAUAGUGGAGGCGGUGGUCAGAUGUGUCCGGGUGAUCGACCCCGGUCUUGGGGGCGCGCUGCCCACCUCCUUGCCCCCCGGCAUGUCUGCCCGCUUCAGAGUGGGCAUGAGCCUGGCACAGGCCUGUCAGGACGUUGGUUACAAAGGAGAGAUCGGCUACCAGACGUUUCUGUACAGUAAUGAGCCGGAGAUCCGCUCCCUGCUCAUGUUCCUGGUGGAGAAGCUGCCCAGAGAGAGUGCAGAGGCCUCAGACCAGCCCCAAGGUACACCCCCCUCUACUCACACAGAAAAGAAGAAAUGUUCAACAU